AUGGCCGCAGCUAUAGCUGCCGCCUUUCGCCUUGCCAUGGCCUUGAGGUGUGCGGCGUUAGCCAGAGCCCCGGUGUCCGUAAAUGUCCGGUUCCCGUGGCCGCUAGCGUCGGCACCACCGCCGCCGCCGGGGGCCUCAACGUCGCGUCUCACGCGGCCCUCGCCAGCUCCGGCUGACUCACCCACAUUACCGGGCCGUCGGGCGGUCAGCGCCUGCCAAUCAAUGCUGUCGACGAGACAGAGACGAGGGUUGGCCGCAAUCAGCACGCUGCGACGUUGGACGGAGGUGAGCGAGGAGAGACAUGGUUCCCACCGCAGGCAAUAUAGCACAUCCGUACAUCGAUCGUCAAGUGCCGAACUCCAUUUUGCCUCGGUAGAGUUUAUUCUGAGUCCAGUCACAGGCCUUUAAGCACUGCUUUAAGAUAUGGGCUACUUUGGUCACAUUGUGUGCACUUUAUAGACAAUACAAAUUUGUCCAAUCAGCUGGCGGAAGCAAACUACCUGCUCAAUUACGUAUCGAAAAUGGUCAUUUAAGUGAGUUUUGGUUUCGAGCCAUGAUAGCACACUGCCCAAAACGAAAAAGCAAUUUAAACAAUCCAAGUAAGUAGGGCGCUAGGUAACACCUAAAGAGAGACUGCCUGUAGCUACAUGAGUUAUUAAAACAAGCAAGGCCUAUUAAAACAAACAUAUUAGUUCUGAUAAGUUCUGAUAAAUACGAAAGGCCGCCGCCUUCCUAACCAAAGUCCAUGAAAGAGAAGUAAGGGUGUGUCAUCCGAUCGGACAUAUCGGUUAUCGCCACUCUCUCAGGAUGUACAUCGUUCCCACCGCAGGCAAUAUAGCACAUCCGUACUUCAGUGGUCAAGUGCCGAACUCCAUUUUGCCUCGGUAGAGUUUAUUCUGAGUCCAGUCACAGGCCUUACGAUAUGGGCUAUUUAGGUCUUAUUAUGUGCAUUUUAUAGUGCGUUAAAUCAUAUUUUGUCUAGCCAGUUGGCGAAAGCGAACUACCUGCCCAAUUUUGUUUCGAAAAUUAUCAAUAUCGGUUGCUUGUCGCUACACGACGACCUGUGCGCCUUGUAUCCUUUGCUCCCACCAGAAAAGGGGGUGUCUGUCCUACGAGCAGGCCAGGUCGCCGAGAGUCACUUCGAAUUUACUCCAGUAGAACAUAUACUUAGAUAGUGCAGGCAAAUGUACCAUCUUGACGCCCUCCCUCACAAAGAAAUUGCAGGUGCAAACCCGCAAGUGUGGACAGCCGGUACGUUUGCUCGGCCAGUCAUAGAGAUCCAUCUUCCACUUAAAGCAUGGAGCAAGUGGCAAAAGUUGAACACCAUCCCAGAAAGUCUUUGAAUUAUUUUAAUCCAUUCUAAGGGAGAUCACUUAUGAUUGGACUAGACAGGUACGGUCAAAGAAUUACACAGUCAUCAGGUUUGACCAAAAUCAUCAUCAAGGGCAUAACCGCACAAAAGCAUGUUAUUUCGGCUAAAUCAACAGUGGGCAGUGAAAAUCUGUAAGUAGGUGUUGAGGCCUAAUCUAGCCUCCAAAUGGGCUAUGUUGUCUUUGCCUUAAACCGAAAUGUAGGUUUAAUAGGCAACUUCUACUUGUUUCUCAUGUUACUUGUUUCUCAAUCUUGCAUGAGCCCCCAAAUACUGUCUCGAAUGCAUACUGCAUAAAGAUGCCAAAAUGUACGACUGAUUACUAACCACUUAUUAAUCGAUACCAACGCAUGGGUCCAAUAUCUAUAUUUAUAAGGAAGAACUUUAAGGAAAUUCGAAACAUAAAGGAAAUGCUAAGUUAUCUAGAAAUACCAAUUCUUGUAAAAUACAGAAAAUUCCGAAAGCGUCAAAAAUGGCUGCAAUUUUGCAAGCAUCAGUUUUACACAAUGGGAAGUCUGUCUACGCAAAAGACUGAGUAAAAAUGACAUCACAAAGAGACUAAGGUUUGACAAUAAUCUUUUAGUGAAGCUCGUACUUAAAUAUCCUUUGAGAAUUAGUGUAAGUCAGGCAUGGUAGUUUGUCGACAGCCCACAUCCUGAGUAUGGACUUUUAAACAGCUUCCCGAUAAUUCGUUGUACCUUUGCCUUUUAGCGGCAAUGAUCGGGUGAAGGAAUCCCAACACAUACGGCUAGUCAACGUUGCCUGUCUUAUGGGAAAAAGUGAUAACAGGAGCUUUACAGGAGGACCUAAGUUGGCAAAAUAAGUAUAAAUAAGUGGUAAAUUCGUUUCUCGGACGGAAAAGUUUCAACGCGUUGCCAUAUAGCAACCGAAACAAAGAGGAACAGUCAAAAAAAUAAACAUAACGUGUCUACAACGAUCGCUUCUCAACUCUCUGAGAUGAGUUCAUUGUAAAUAAUGCACCAGACCGUCUAAAACGAUCGCUUCUGAACUCUGGGAGUUGAGGCUAUCGUAGAUACUGCACCAUACAACAGAAGACCCAACUUUGUGCGAUGAAACACCUAACCGAAACAAUCGCGUCAGACUAAAACCCACUUCAGUGGGUACAGUAUUGAUUCUUCGCGUGCCCCGGAUGCUUUGGGGCCUUCACCCGAUCCUUACCCCGUUUUUGCAUUAAUUAAAAUGCGAUUAACUAUGGCAAACAGGAAUUUGCUUGAUUUCGUCGAUAGGGGAUCAUAGGGAUGACAGUAUCAUAGGGUCACAUGUUGAUAGGCCGGUUAGGGAUUAAGGAAUUGGCAGGUGUAGUCGUAAGCGUAUCAUUUUGUGUAUAUAACGAGACCUUUCCUACCGUGAAAUCAGUUUGCAUGUCACGUCAUGACAGCCGCUGUGCCCAAUUUUAUCACAUGUUUUCAGGCCGGUCAGUGAUUAAUAAAUCUAAUUCAUCGGUAUUUUGGCAGAUUUCAAAUAAUUCCAUUUGACUCGGCGACCUCGGUGGGAUUCGAACGCACGACAGCAAGGGGAAGGCUUAAGUACACCAACGCUCUAGUCACCUGAGCUACGAGGCCCCGCCGGAAUACGUGAGCUUAAUCACAUUUUGAUCAACUUUACCACCCCAGCCUGCCCCUAUGAAUUACUUGAGACUGGUAGUCAUCUGUUGGAUCUUAGAUGUAUUGCUCAGAAAAUCCUGCUUGGGCAGUCAGCUUACUGUAUCGGAUUUGGUGAAUUCCAGAAGUUGUGGUAGGUUGAACGGAUAAACGUGACCCAAAUAUGAUUAACUCGUGCCGUCCGGUGGGGCCUCGUAGCUCAUGUGGCUAGAGCGUUGGCUGUACUAAAGCCUACCUCUUGCUGUACUGGGUUCGAAUCCCACCGAGGCGCGGAGAUUUUCACGGUUUGGUCAAUAUGAAUGUCGGAAAUGUUUAUUGUUGUCGACUUGGCACUUCAUUUUCUUUAGGCUGUAGAUGAUAAAAGGUUAACUAAAAUUUUAAAAAAAAUUGUAAACAAAUUCUGCAACCACAAAUUGUGUCGUGAUCAAAUUUCAAAUGGCUGAAAGACGCGCGAAUUUAUUGGACAACCCAAUAUACUCGAAUCUUGAACCCGUCCACGGUGCUCUCUUUUAACUACAAUGACCGUAUCAAAGCACAAACCCGUCCUUGUUUUGGCGUCGUACCUGUUGGAUCAUUUCACUCCGAAUUCGCAAGUCGGCAUUUUCGGCACCUAACUGCUGGCCAGUGGCACUUCUUGCAGACUUCUUGGAAUGUCGUCACAUGGUUUAAUGCAGGGAUACCUUGGUCGAUUACGUUGACGAUUAGCCAUUGCGGGGUCGGGUCAGCCCGCUGGAAAUCGUCAACCAAUAAUCGCGACGCACCCUUUUCCGCCGAUAUACAGGCGCUGAUUGUCGAAUUUCUUAAAGUGCGCGGCCUUGUCGCCGCAUCGCACUACCAUUUAAAACAAGCAAGCGACGGAAAUAAGUCUGUUUCAUUGCCUUCACAGAUUCCGUUACCUGUUGCCUCCAUGUGCCUAUUCGUAAAACCCUUAUUGUCAGAAUGUCUGUCUUCCAGUGCGUCGUAGGCCGGUAAUUCUUCCUUAUUCAAAUAACUUCAGAAUUUUGGCCAAUGUUGAACACGAUAAGCCACCUACUGUAGAUCUUCCUAUUUGGUCAAAAACAAUGUCGGUACGAUAUUGAUUUCAUGAAAGCCAUUCCGCAAUGCAUAGUCCUAUGUGUCUUUUCAGGUUUCCGGUGAUACCUCCGAGGAAGAAACACCCCUGAUUUUUUACGACAAUCGUCUCGCCUACCAUCCCGCAUUUCCAGAAGGCUGCGAUUUCCGAUGUAGAUUCACUUCCGACCUGAGCCAGUUGAAUCAGUCUCAAUUAGCAGUAUUUACGGCGAAUCCACCAGCGAACGCAAACAUCCACUCAGGUGAUGCACUGUGGGCAUUUGAGAGCGCAGAACCACCGCAUAGAAGGCCAUGGAUCUCGGAGGAUGCGAAAAAACGGGUAACCACUUUCAGUUUCCGUUGAAGUAACACACUAUGACACGGAGUUAAUGAAUAAUAGAUGCAAUAUGAAGCAAAAGUGCAAAAGUUACUGCCUUAAAUGUUUUCGUCUACUGUGCAGGGCGCCAUGAUUAGGGCUGGCCAUCUGGGAUUUACUAGUCCCUUAAGUAAGUGUGUAAACGUGAAGUUUUGGCAAAUGCGUUCAUCGAGUUGAUUGGUUGCUCUCGCUGGAUUGUGUUUUUCUGGGUGUGUGUGUGCGUGGACGUUUGGGAGGUACCCGAUGCUUUGUGUGUUACCAGAAUUCCUUUCACGCGUCCCGAUGCCAUACCAUCACUUUCUUGACGCUCACCCUCGAAGAGUGACUAAAUAUACAUAUUUUGCGAUCAUGAUCAGCUACGUGCUGUUUUUGUGGUCAUCUUGGUACUCGAACUCUUCCUGGCAGCCUUUGUAAGAUGCGAGUAGUCAACUUGGAGGCCGCUAUAUUGAAGCCGUUGCACUUUGGACUUAUGGUUUCCUGAUAUUUAGACCCCGGCUGAUGCCUCAUAUGAUCAGUUUUUCUUCCAUAGUGGCCGUCCGAUGGACGCAUGCUAAAUGGUGGCUGGAGACGUCAUCGCUAGUACAUACGGCAUAGUAAGGAAAAUUGCAAUGCAAGACUGACACAAAGUAAAGCACUUUUCACUUGCUGAUAGGAAAUCUGCCACGAGCAUCAGCACCUACGCUCCCUCUAAUAAAAAACUAUCGGCUUGAUCGCAGUUGGUAGCCAGGUCCCGCAUUACAGGUGGCUGGGGGGUUUGUUUACGGGGGCUAUUUUGUGAAGCUCCAUAAUCACAUGUGACCUAUUUGGCUUCCGUUUUACAGUUGUGGUUAGGAUUAGGGUACCGGUUAAUAGUUUCCGAUUUUCGGAUUUGGGUUAUGCCUUUAGGCUUAGGUUUUCAGGUUGCGGUUAGAGUUUGAGCGUACGACUAGGUUUAAGUAUUACGGUUACGUUUUCCAGUUACGCCUAUGCCUAAGGGCUACAGUUAUGUUUACGAUUUCGGUUAGAGUUACGAUUAGGGUUGCCGUUAGGGUUAAUGUCUAAUGUUUACUAGUGAGGUUAGGGUUAAGGUUAGGAUUAGGGUUAGGUCAGGGACCACUUCCCAUUCCUGGCUACCGACUACGAUCUAACCAAAAUAUGUACGAGGACUUGCAUUUUUCCUCGUGCUUGCGGCGAAAACGUCGAGGCUGACCACUCCAGAUGACUUCAGUGCACGAGUAGGUGCACUCAGCUAUCUGAGGAGGGAGUACUGGCCGUCGGGACAUAGAGGGUCGCAAUGUCGACGGAAUUAUAGCGCAAGGACUAGCACAGAAUAUAAGCUAUUCAGUCUCGAAACUGUAUUCGGAAACCUAGAUAACGAAAGAACUGGCUGGAUACAUUCCCGCGUUUAUUAGUUGUAAUGGCUGGACUAGGUACUUGUCAGAAAUCAGGCCACCAAAGCGCACUUGUAGUAAUAGCAACGUCUUCUGUCGAAUGUUCAUCAGGUACUUGUCUCAAAACUGGGGCUGGAAAUUCUACCAUAAACCAAAUGACGCGCCACCCUGAGCCAUGUCGGGCGCAGACAAAAAGUUGUCCUCAAGACGGAUAUCAUCAAAAAGUUCAUGCACGUCUUGAAGGAUGGACAGCGAUGGCAGCACACGGAAGAAACUGUACGAUGGUACCUACGUCACUUCCGCCAAAAUUCUUAAACUACCCAUCGAAUGCAUCGCACAGUGGAAUAGUGUCAAAGACGCUGAUAUCCAAUACCUCCUACCUGGCAUGAUUUAAAGUAAUUAGCUUACAAAAUAACAAAAAGCGCCGAAAGCAGCAGUUAGAAGAGUCAACUGAAUUGUCUGUCAGGAGCGCGGUGAAAUAGUGAACUUAUUCACUACCGCACCGUAGCCAAUAGGAACUAGAAUCGGCAGCCGCUGCAUUUUUCACAAUGUGCUCAAAAUGAAUCAUUCAAAAUCUGCCAAAGCAUCUGUUAAUUAAGUGAGCCUUAUAAAAUAGUCAUCUGGUGGAUUCCAGAAUGGUUGCUUGGGAAAUCCUACUUGAACAGUCGUUUUACGGUAUCAGAUUAGGUGGAUACCAUACUUUGCAGUAUAUUGGACGUGUAACUUGAACCAAAUGUUAUUAAACUCACAGUUUUCGGCAUAAUCCUCGUAUCUCAGAUGGUUGGAGCUUUGGCUGUGCUCGAGCUUUGCCUUGCUUUCGCGCGUUUGAAUCCCACCGAGGUGGAGGAUUUUUUUACAAUUGUGCCAUGACAACUUACUCAAAGUCUGCCAAAGAACCCAUUAAACAGACUCUUCGAAGCUUCUGUAAUCGGUGCAUCUACAGCGCAAAACAUCGAUUCUCACGAACACUACUGAAAAUAAAAAACUGGGCGGACCGCCUAGCACAGCAUGUAUGGUCUAUAAAAAUAAAAUUUGUCUUAUGUCCGAAUUACAGAUUUCAGAUUUUUCUGGACCAGAAUGAGUAUGCAAAACAAGAGGUCUAAAAACGCCUAACUUGGAGACUUAUUUCACGUCGGCCAUUUGUCAUUUCUGAGGGAAGGGCGUACGUCUCCUCCUUAUUGGUUCAAAUAUUCCCGAUCGCAGUCAACGGGAGAAGAAUGUGCUUGCCGAUGGCAGUGCGUUUGCUCGAGGGUCAGUUGAAAUACUCGUCGGAUUAGGCCUCGGGAAUGACUACUUGACGAGUGUAAUUAGUGCGGAAACGACCGUUUCAGGCUGCCGUGCUCUACUGUUUUGCCAAUUGGACUGCCCAUUAUGACAGUCCAGGAAGACCACCGCUAAUACGAGUGGUUCUAGGUUGCGCUCUUAUCUCGUCGCUAUAUCAUUUACAAUGUUGGUAAGUGGAAUAAUGUCUAGCAAUAUCCUGAUAAUAUGCAUCGCCCAAUCUCCCUUGACAUCCUCUAUCCGUGGUUAAAUGUGUACAGACGGAUAUGUGACUUUUAGAAACGGAAGAGUCGUAUUUUUAAAUACAUAAAAUGAAAAAUGUGUAUUUGUCCCGUAUGCCUAUAGUAAUGCCUUAGGAGCAUUAUGUAAGCAUAUAGGAGCGCAUUGCAUUUUUAAAAUCCCUGUGCAGAGUGGUCCCAGGAUCAUUUCCAUCAGACAACUUCACGUCACGUUCAGGAGGAGUACGAAAUAUUGUGCAAAGCAAAGUCUUGAACGUCAUUACUAACUGCCGUGUUACAAUUUUUGAGAGAUUGUGCGAUGUUCUUGCCCAAACCAUAUUUUCUGGAUAGAAAAAUAGGAACGCUGAGGAUAUUUCAACAACGACUAUUUACAGUCGGUGCCUUGGCGUCUCUGUUUUUGGCUAAAUAGACAAGUGCACUAAAUUACUGCACUUCUGGGGUUUUACUUCUGUUAACAUUAUUCACUGACUCAGGAGAUGCACGGAUUUAUUUAUAAAACUGAUGCUUACAUAACGUCAAACCAUGGCUGCAUGUCGUCGAUUCUUUACUUGAAAAUGCCUCUCACUCCAAAUAUCGCUUAGAAAUUAUUGGUUACUGUCAUACGGUCGGAGGUCAGUAGCGUUCUUUUCACUUCGUUCCAACAGUUGUCAAUGUUUAUUACAUAUCAUCCCUACGCUACGGUACCAUACUACUAUGGAGUCUAUCGAGCCUUCAGUAAUCCAGAGUGUGUCAUGUCGGAGGCACAGCGAGAACGCCUGCGACGUCAAAACUCCCUCCACCUUCUACCGGCACAUCAUUUAAGAAGGACAAAAAAAGUCGCCUGGGCGGUCUCCGACAACGAACCUCUGAAUAACCGCACUAGGCUUGGCAACGCAAUUGCUAAGUACAUUGAGGUAAGACCAAGGCAUAUUGAUGAGAGUAGCAGUAGGCAAUUGUCAAAGUGCCUUGUUAUGCAUUUUCAAUACUAGCUUCUGAAAAUCUUACAGGAGCGUUUGAAAAAGGACAUUAUCAUCUUAUUUCAGCGUUUCAGUCUAUGGAUACAGGUCUACUUGUAAAAUUCACAAGAUUGUGAUGCAGUGAAUUAUGCUAAAAUUUACGCGUAGCAAUCGCUUUUUCGUUUAGGGCACAGAACGGAGACUUUGUCUGGACAGAGUAACCAGACACAUGUGAUGCUCACAGUCGAGUCCUGUCCCCACUACCACUGCCAGUGGACCAACUUGUCAGAGAAAUUGACACACCAGUAAUUAGCACGCGUAACGAUAUUACGGCGAUUAACGACUCAGCCGCUGGCAGUCCAGCAGCUAUCGCAUUAUGUUACAUCUUCUGCGUCGAAUGCGGUAGCCGUUAAUUUGGAUAGGAAUGCAAUGGCAUAGAAGCUGCAUCCUAUUAAAACAGCAUCGCUCGUGCAAAACAUAACUACCUUAUUAAAUGUAUUUACAGAUAGAUCAGUGUACGCAUUCGAAACGUCCGACGAAUAAACAUCUUGCUCCCAUAAUCGGGUCUCCUUCUCCCCAAGGGUAAUUUCGCUUGUUUUGGAAGUUUGACUUCUAAAUUACCACAUUCACAAGCGACAAUGCCUAUUUUGGAAAGGCAUAUGUGUGAAUUUUGUACCGUGCAAACAUUACUGUCGUAAAACAGUUUAGGGCGGCACCUACACGUGCCUCCAUCGCAUAACACGAAACAGGACUUAAUGCGCACACAUUGUUAACGAACUUAGCGGACCUGGAUGGAAAAGAAGGAAGCGAAGGGCUGCCAGAAGCUGCCAUGACAUAGCUGACCUCAUUCUAAAAUCGGCCUCCAUAUAUGGGUGCCAUUAUUAAUCUCGAGCGGCAGUUUGGAAGGCGGAUUGUAAAUCGUUGUAACAGAGUUUUCACUGGCAGGGUGGGGCACGCGAAUGUCAUUAUCCGUCUCGUAGUCCACCAGCAUACUUGGCGUGUUUCAUUAAAAUUCCCCCUCAACUGCCAACCGCGGUCUAUGUCUUUUAAGUAUGCAUUUGGAAGAAGACGUGAGUUCCUACCAAAUAUGUAAAAGAAUGAAUUAUUUUAUGCAUGUUUUCCAUGAAAUAUAAUUGAAUUUUCAAGGGCAUCGAAAAUCAAUGAGAAAAUUCCAUACUAAUUUGGUAGUCAUUUUUUGCAGAGUAUGGAUCUUGCAUGCAGCCGAAAAUAAGUUCUUUCGAAAGCCGACACCCUGAGGUAACUGAAUCAUUAUAGAUUUAUGCUGCAUCAUGAUUAGUUUUACAACACUACUUAAUUUAUCUCCCCGAAACGAGAACGCAUUUCGAAAUUAUGUUGACAUUUCAUGAGUUAUCACAUCUACUGUAUAUGAGUGCCAUUACUAAUCUCGAGCGGCAGUUUGGAAGGAAGAUUGUAAAUCGUUGGAACAGGGUUUUCACUAGCAGGGUAGGGCACGCGAAUGUGGCUUGCAUAAACAGGGCUCCUCUGAUCGCGUAAGUCGUUAUCCGUCUCGUAGUCCAUCAGAAUACUUGGCGUGUUUCAUUAAAAUUCCCCCUCAACUGCCAACCGCGGUCUAUGUCUUAUAGCAUUACUCUCGGCGUCAGCCUUGCAAAGCGACAAUAUUCAGAGUCUUUUUUUCCUGGACUGUCCGCCUUCCGCUUUGUGGAGCACUUUUGGACACUGAAUAGACGGAGGUUUCGUACACAGAAUACGUAGUACGACUUUAGUGAUGUUGUUUCGAAGAGAGCAGACUCAUGUUUCAUUACUCAGUCCUCGCUGCCUUAAAUGGAUAUGUAAUUAACAGGAAACGAAGUUAGAUGUCAGUGAGUUCAGCAUUUUGGAAGAGUCGCGCUGUUUUCAACUUUGUCCUGGGAUCUAACUUUUUUAUAUGUUUAAUUUACUCAGCUGCACGACGAGGUUUAGGUAUUAUAUGUAGAUGUAAACUCGAGCAUUCUGAAACAAUUGUUGAAAACAGAGAAGGCAUCACAUAAAGGUAUAUGAGAAUUUGUCCUGUUGUGGGUGGCAGCACGGCUGAAAGUUUCAGGCCAGCAAAUUUUAUUCUGCACAUUCGGAGAAAAACUUUUCUGGGUUUUCUCGAUUUCUGAAAUCAAACUGGGAUCCCGUUAUUCUAACCAACUCAACCUCUAAGUGAUUCAAAUAUUUGUAGACUUCCUUUCAGAAAGUUUAAAACAUAAAGAAGGACAGUUAUCUGAUCUAAAGUAAAAUGUGGUAUUGUGUAUUCUGUAGGCCAUCCUCUGUUGGCGGGGUUUCUCUCUUAAGGGUUCAACCCUCACCCCAAUAGCCUUGCAGAACGCAUUGGACAGGUCUUACUGUAUGUAGACUAAAAAAGCUUUGUUCUGAACGCAACAAAUUCUGUUAACAUGUUGACUUUCCGUUUUAGGUGGAUAGGUAUGGGAGAAGAGCCAAGCACUGCCCACUUGCGGGGUACUGUUUUGAACAGUUAUCUCGAGAAUACAAGUUCUAUCUAUCCUUCGAGAACGCCAACUGCGAAGGCUACAUCACGGAGAAGUUUUUCGUGAACGCCCUGGCGUAUGUCCUCAUGUGUUCAAUUUUUUUCGGUCGGACAAGCAAAUAUUGACCACAGUAUUAAUGGUGGACGUGCCCUAAAUGCAAGGGGCCUCAGGGAGUAGUUUGGGUUAAGGAGGAGGAUUAAAAUUAAAAGAAGAAAAUAGGUACUCUCUGGAAGUUGGCUGGAACUUGCAUGAAGAGCCCAUAUUGUUUGUCAUCUACGUCUAUCUCGAUUCUUACUUAACGUUAGACGGACAUAAUAACUACAUAUUUUCAAAUAGGCUGAGUCCCUACUUUUGAUCCGAAUAUAAGAUGCAUGUCGCCAAUCAGAGGCAGAGGAUGAAGCAUGCGAAUGCUUCCUUCUUUUACAGGCAAGUGGUAAUUGUGGUGUCUGGCCUAUCGAUAGGCAGAUUAUCUACCCUGUAAGGUGCAUCACCUUCUAGAACAAGUUGACACGAUUGCUUCUGCCGUCACAUGGAUAGUUGAAGUAACCGCGAGCUGCGUAGUACGCAAAAUCUGGAGGUGGUAGAAUCAGACAGAGUUUACAAUCUCUGGCCAUCCCCCCACGUCUGCGAAGCAAAACGCAACCAGUCUGCAUGGCGCAGACCAUCGUAGCUGUCACCAAGGUCAAGGGUGAUGUCAAUUCUCCCGUUGCUAAUUUUUAGACACGGGCGUUAACCUCCUCCGGGCCUAUAUCGAUGGGUUUAAAUAAUCACAAAACAGUCUGGGGAACUAUGAUGCUUUGAACGGGUUUUCAGGCUUCAGGAUGCUGUCACGUGCAGAACAAUUGUCUCUUUCAGUGUUUAUUUUGCAAGAUAAAAGAGGCUUUGGUUUCCAUUGGCCCUGAAUAGGUCACAGGGGUAUACUCGUUCAGUUUAUUUGCCAACUGGUGAGCAGCGCUUUGUUUCAGCUUUCUGCAAUGCGGUUCGGGUGGUUAUGUCUGUGAUGCAGAAGGUUACUGCUACUGAAGUGACCUAUUCGCUUGCUUUUGGAGACUUCUUGAAUACGGUGGCUCGCAGUUUUUUGGUAAAAUUUCGGGGUUCAAAGAGACCAAGCAUGGGAAACUGACUCAUUCCUCUUCCACUGUAGGAUUAAUAAUUUGGGCAACUAAUGUCAGUAAUUACCUGAGGCGCACAGAGCGAUUAGUCGUGACAACUACAAAGACUUCGUGGACAUCACGAGUUCAGAAAUACGUUGACACUUGGCGAAUACCAAGUGCAUAAUCUGGCGAGCCACUCUAUUAGCAAUCAGGCAUGAUAGACAGGAUUAAAAGGAAAGGAGGCGUUUAUUAGCGGUCUGGUAUUUUGAGUAGUUGCCUCGACUACCUAUCUUUAGUGACCGGGAAGUCAUGCGCACAGUUCUCCUUAAAUGGCACACUUUGUUUCAUACGCGGCACGCCAAUGUCGCCUGUGUGGCUGCAUCCGACCCGCAUGUCACCGUGACCUGAAUCGCCCCCGCCCUCGUUGGCCGCGGAGAUAGUUAACGGCCCCGAUUGUUCCGCGCCGUGACUGCCCCUGUUAAGAAGUUUCGUAAAGUCAGGCAGGGGAAGGCAACAUGGCUGUCGCCAAGUUCAAUGGUGAUGUCAAUUCUCCCGUUGCUAGUUUUUUGACACGGGCGUCAUCCGCCUCCAGGUCUACAUUGAUGGGUUCAAAUAAUCACAAAAGAGUCUGGGGAACUCCUUCGAUGUUCUGUCAGUGUUUAUUUUGCAAGAUAAAAUUGACUGUGGUUUCCAUUGGUCCUGAAUAAGUCACAGGGGUAUACUCGUUCAGUUUAUUUGCCAACUGGUGAGCAGCGAUUUGUUUCAGUUUUCUGCUGUGCGGUUCGGGUGGUUGUGUCUGUGAGGCAGAAGGUGACUGGCAUUGAAGUGACCUAUUCGCCUGCGACUGGAGACUUUUUGAAUAAGGCGAUUCACAUUUUUCCGGUAAAUUUUCGAGGAUCGAAGGUACCAAGCAAGGGAAACUGACUCAUGCGUCUUCCACUGUAGGAUUAAUAAUUUGGCCAUCUAAUUUCAGUAAUUACCUGAGGCGUACAGUGCGAUUAGUCCUAACAACUAUAAAGACGUCGCUGACAUAACGAGUCGAGAAGUGCGUUGACACUUGGCGAGCACCAAGUGUAUAGCCUGGCAAUCAGCAAUCAGGCGCAAUAGACAGGAUCUCAUGGGAGGGCACUUGAUUUAUUCACUCGCCUGUCAUUGAUGCUGGGAUGUAAACAAUCUGACGCGCUUGAACAAAUUACGGUGCGCUAAAUGCCAUUGCUUGAAAGAUUGUUAACUGACGGGAUAACUUGUACCUCGCAGCCUGCCCAGUUGUGUGUGUUUGUUUUGGACGCCGAAAUGGUAGCUUGAGAGUCAGGCUGCAAUGUCUCCUUCUUAAUGUAGCCUGUAUGGCGCUCCUAGAGGCGUCUCCGGUCGCACUAGCCAUCGCUGUUGUUGUUGUUGUUGUUGUUGGUUGGAAUCCCCGUCACGUGUUUGUGUGUAGCGGUACGCCUAGAUGCGGGUCCGUCCGUGCGAGCCACCUGCGCAUUCUCCCGCCUCCGGGCUUCUUGACUGAGAGUGCGGUAGGUACUGCGCAAGUCUACUCUCAGGAUAAACUGAUUCACGCGUGUGGAUCACAUGGUUGGCAUCGCCAGUGGCAGCAAAGAAGCGAGUCUUAGGAAGCAGUCUUGAAGAAGGAGAUACGAUCGCCGGGACAAGAGCUUUAUUAGCCUGACUUUUCGGAUUCCUGCUCGAAUCCAUCAUCAGAGACAUAAGCAGAUACAGAUGGUUCAUGCACAAGGGGCUACAGUAUUUAUAGGAUGCAGUCGCCAUGCUACUGCAUGCAUAUGAAUAUUCAUGGCUCCGCCCCCCCCCUACCUUCAUCAGGGAUCGCUGCACUUGGUGUGCGGACUGUUUGAUGGUCGACAUUCGCGUCGUCAAUUGCUGCAAUUUCAUCACGUGCGUUGGAUGUUGGUGUGGUGAUUGCUCGACCAUCUGAUCCACCGAGCAUGGCGUUGGGAAAAGUGUUCACCUAUGCGUUUCCCGCGUGGUUAAUUACUCAGCUUAGGUGAAGUCUCAGCACUGGAUAUGGAAGGGGAAGGUCAUUGCACUUGUUAAUGGACUGGGGGCCAGAAAACCAUGACUCAAGCAACUCUCGGCUCACGCGGUUGUCACCUCUUGCGACAGAAACGACAAAAUGCAUUUUGGAUUCGAAGGGAUUACUCUGGUAAACUUGUGAUAUUUAUUAUCAUGGAGCCCAAUCUCAAAACAGUGCAGCCACAUCGAUGUUUGCUUUUUGCAUCCACUCAUUUUCUGUCGCCUGCAAAAUUACACUCAGCACGCAAUGGCCACUUAUUUACUAUGAAUCCUUAUCAUUGAUUUUCGAUAGCCUCGUAUAUUGAAAUAUACGUCAUAGAGAACAUAAUCAAAAAUGCCCUUCCCUGUACACAUUUGGCAAGAAGCACUUCCUGUUCAAAUUUCUUUAUUUGAAGUGAAGUUACAUUUUGGUUUUGAAAGUCCUUCGUGAAGACAUUUUUAUGGACGGUGAAAUGUCCGUUCAAAUACCAUCGGAUCUGCUUUUCUAUUUAUGCUGCUUAGGAGAUACGCAAUACGGACAAAGUCUAGUUCGCAAUUUCUUAAACACUGCAUAUAUCGUAUCGACUUUGAUAGCAGGAAGGCAUGUGUUGUUUAAUUCACAUGGAAAGUAAACAGCUUCUAGGUGGUAAACUCGAAAUUAAGAAGUAACCAUAGGUAGGGCUCUAAAUUAUUUGAGAUCUGACAACUUCCCAAAAGACAAAAAUAUAUCUAUGAGAUGAACAGUCUACAAGGGGGUGCGCAUUCCUCCCAAAGCAAGCCCUAGGCGCGAAGUUGAAGGCCUGUUGCAAAGGAAAUUAUAAUUACAAACCAUGAUGCUCUUUUAAAGUGGUUCGUGAGAUGUUGAUAGUCAACGACAGUGUCGGUGUUCAUUGGAAGUAAAAAAAAACGGUCAAUGAAAUACUCAAGUGUCGCUUGGCAAAAGACUUUACCUCGAGUGGCAAUACUGUGCGAGUACAUACAAAGCACAAACUUUCGACCAAAAACAGUAUGAAUGCGCCCCAAUUUCGUUUUAUGUGAGUGUUAGUCUUCAACAUGUUCUUAUCUGGCAAGAAUGUGAGAAUGCCGUUGUGCCAGUAUGUCAUCAUAAGAGGAACUAUGACAAAUUAAUCCAGUGUAAAACACCGCUUUGCCUUGUUCCCUACGUAGAUAUGGCAUGGUGCCCAUUGUGUACGGGGCCUCGAGAGAAGAAUUCUACGCACGUGCACCCCCAAAUUCCUACAUCCACGUAGACGACUUUAAGACCGUCAAAGACCUGGCUAGUUAUCUCAACUACCUUGACAAAAAUGACACGGCUUAUGCAUCCUACUUUGCCUGGAAAGAACAUGGAGAAGUUCUGGUUAGUCAUUUAUGUAGUUUGUGUCCACCUUUCAGUAGGAAGUGCAUUAAAUAUUUAUUGGCGCCUGAGAAGUAACCUGAAUAUAAAAUCCAAGACCGCAUGAACUUGCGUAAGUUUAACCCCAGUUGCCCACUGACCUUCAGGUUCGGUCCCUACUAGGAAGAGGAGAGAUUGGACGCCAGUAUAGAGAGCAGUGCAUUCUGUGCAGGAUAACGGAGAAAAGGUUGGGGUAAGUUGGCGGCUGGGCGGGGCACACAUCAAGCGUACGCAGAGCAGUCAUCCGAGUUCCACGGGAGAAGGCGUCAGAGCGCCUUGAGGGAGGGCUUGUACCUGCGCCAGUCUUCAAGCUGAGCGGUCAGUCUGGAUAGGUGUAAUUAGCCGAUACCCAGACUGUCAAUUGUACUCGCGAAAGGUGUAGUACUUCAGCAGGCGCUCAGGGUGGGACCGUUUUACACCCACUCUUUGCUAAAAAAAAGCAGCUCUAGCUAAGCAUUAUUCUCUUCUUACUGCAUACAUUUUUUGAUAGAAACCGUUAGUAAGAAACAGCCCAGAGAAACAUAUGUAAGGAGGAGUACACCAUAAUUGGGAAAAUUCCAUAUAUUACCUUCGUAAUACAAUAAUUACGGGCCGAUCAGUCAAGCCACAGAAUGCAUCAAGAUCGACUGUCAAUUUUGUCGACUAACAGAGAAAGCCAGCUGUAUUUUCUUUUCAUUUACAGUUCUUAGUCUAAUCGGGCAUCUCCUCUUCCUCCCUGAAAUCUAAUUGGACUACUUCACUAAUGUGACGAGGCCGUUAUACGUGCAAAUUAUUUGACAUGAAUGAUCUCCGUGAAUAAUUAAGCAUUCCGAUCGGUACUCAGUGCGCGAAAAUGAGGCAAAUUAGCGGAAAAAAUGGGAGCGAUGGAGGCCGUUGCAAACACCACCCAAACUAAUUAUAAGGUAGAAGUGGGGACGCUGGAUUCGUAUUAAAUCCAAAUUCUCAUUUGGCAGAAGCAAUUUCACUCAUAUCAUUGAUCUGUCCUCAUAGCGCUUGGCAAGCGAGAAGCAGUGUGUUGGCUGAGUCACCCUUUUCAGGCUGCACUUUCUACAUUUGGCGCACAAGAUUCCGUUAGACUCGAGAAUCGCCAUCCCAUCCACAUGAACGAAGACCGAUAGAUUGUUUGGGCAGGAACGUGCCUGCCUCCGGUAUGGAUGUCAAUUAUCGUUGCACUACGAAGUAAAAGGGGGACAAGCCACCUUCGGCAUGGCUCAGUGUUUUCCUCUGGUAAGAUCUGGUCGGAUAGUUUGCGUCAACUUCCACAUAUCUGUCUUUUAGUCUGUCCUACGUGGUGAAGUCAAUGAUGCAGUGUUUUGGCCGUUACUUGCUGAAUUUGCCAGACGAUAAUAAGUGGGUCGAAAGGACCUCUUGUCGGUAGCGUCAGAAUUUGUGAACGCAAGUAAUUCGUCACGAAACUUUGGUGUCUCUGGAUGAUGGCGGAGUCUCCGAUCACCUUCUUCAUUAGGUCCUUUAAAAAAAGAGAAUGCCGAGGAGACCAGCAGAAAUGUGGUGCCCACCCUUGCGUGACAAUCAAAAAUGUCCAAGUGGACACGAUGCUUGAUUUAGUCUAUGUUAAAAGAAGACGGAUAAGCUUUGCCAGUGGUUUCUUUUAAGACGGAACUUGUGCAUAAUAAUAAGUGUUAGGAGAAGUGCAGACAUUGGCUUUAUGCCUAGUUGUACUGUACAUCUGUUUUUAUUCUACUGAACACUCUCCAUAUGUUUUCGUCCUUCAGACCUGGUUAAGAGUCGACUGUCGGGUUUGCGGUGUGCUCCAUCACGUUCUCUCCGGCCGACUGAAACUAUACGACAGUACCCACAAGACGUACUUGGAUGAAACGAGAACCUGUACGAACACAAGCCAAAUUAACUUUUAA